UAAUUGUUACAAAAAGGAGGGGUAGACAGAGGGGCCGACAAGAUGUUGCCACGUAGUCGAACGGCGAGGAAGCCCCCAAAGCCAUCGCUAUCGGUGGACGCUUCACCAGCAAGAGGUGCACCGUUUGAAUCCCCAGACAUGUCCAUGGAGGGCCCAAGCAGCGGGGAGGUGCACACGUGGAGCUCGCGGGACCAUCCCGGUGGACAGUCAUCUGGGUCGGUGGGAAUGUCAUUUGACUCAACUGGCAGCAGCCACAUGCGAAGCCCGAGCAUGGAGAAUAUGAUCGUUCUCGGGAGUUACACGAAGAACACCCUGGAAUUGUCGGAGUCUUUGGGCGCUGAUGAGAGUCGCUAUGGCGGAGGGGAGAAGGAUAUCAAGUGUCAGAUUUGCCGGGAAAAGGUGGGGAGGGACGAGAAGGGGGACCCAUUUGAGCCUUGCGAGUGCGCGUUUCCUGUUUGCCGGCCGUGCUAUGAGUACAUUCGAGAGAGCGAGGGGGGUUUGUGUCCGCAGUGUCGUGAACCUUACAAGCGUGUGAAGGGCAGCCCUCAAGUGCAAUCAGACUCUUUGGAGGGACUCGAUGCCGUGCCCGCUGGUGAUGUUGGGAUGGACGACGGCGCCUUGCAGCCGCUGGGGAUGGCGGAUAAGCGAAACACGGUGCCGACGAAGGACAACAGACCCGGGUUGACGGUGUCACCGUCGAUGAAAGUGUUGCUCGAGGCCCCAGAGCCAGAAGAACCUGCAGAUGCGAAGUCGCUGAUGGAUGAGGCGAGGGCCAGGAAUCUGUCGGUUGUGCCCAUCAUUCCAAAGGCGGCGGAGGGACUCGAUCCCGUGACCGCUGCUCUGAUGUCAAUCCAGAUCCUGGACCCAACGAAGAACAUGGAUGACUAUGGUUAUGGAAGCAUUUCUUGGGUGGAGAAUGAUGCAAAGGCCUCCGCGAAUGGCAGAGCUGCACCAGCAGCAGAAGGAGGUGGAGGAGGAGGAGGAGGAGGAGGACUUGAAAAGAGUGGAGGCACCAAGAACAACAUCGUUGUGGACGACACCCGUCGUCCUCUCGUCCGUGUCAUUCCCAUCCCUGGCAACUCUAUCAAUCCGUAUCGCUUUAUGAUUAUUGUCCGUUUCGCUGUGCUUUGUCUCUUUCUCAAGUGGCGUGUACAGAAUCCAAAUAACAGUGCAUUUGUCCUCUGGCUGCUUUCCGUCGUCUGUGAGAUUUGGUUUGGUGUGUCCUGGAUCCUUGAUCAGGCACCCAAAUGGGCACCCGUGACCAGAGAGACAUAUCUGGAUCGGCUAAGUUUACGGUUCGAGAGGCCGGGGGAACCUAGCAAACUGCUUCCCGUUGAUGUGUUCAUCACCACUGCGGACCCAGAAAAAGAACCCCCGCUCGUCACUGCCAAUGUUGUUUUGUCCGUCUUGGCCAUGGAUUAUCCUGUGGACAAGAUUGCCUGCUACUUGUCGGAUGACGGAGCAGCAAUGCUGACCUUUGAGGCAUUGACAGAGACGGCCAGCUUUGCACGUGCUUGGGUUCCGUUCUGUAAGAAGCACGAGAUUGAGCCCCGUGCUCCAGAAAUGUACUUUCAGCAGAAGGUCGACUACACCAAGGGGAAAACGCAAAGCGACUUCAUCAAGGAGAGAAGACACAUGAAGAGGGCUUACGAUGAAUUCAAGGUGCGAAUCAAUGCACUCGUUGCCAAGUCCAGGGACCCACCAGAAGAUGGUUGGAAAAUGAAUGACAACUCGCCAUGGCCCGGGAAUGACAGGAAGGACCAUGUCGGCAUGAUCCAGGUCUUCCUUCAACCUGAUGGAGAUACCAAAGAUAUCAAUGGGGACCCUAUGCCAAGGCUGGUGUACGUUUCUCGAGAGAAGAGAACAGGGGUGAACCACAACAAAAAGGCAGGUGCUAUGAACGCUCUGAUGCGGUCAAGUGCUCUGAUCACGAAUGGGCCUUUCAUUCUCAAUCUUGACUGCGAUCAUUACGUCAACAAUGCGAAAGCAGUUCGAGAGGCUAUGUGUUUCCUGAUGGAUCCCAAGAAGGGGAGUCAGGUGUGUUAUGUUCAGUUCCCACAGCGGUUUGACGGUGUUGAUAAGAACGAUCGUUAUGCAAAUCACAACACUAUAUUUUUCGAUGUGAACAUGAAGGGCUUGGAUGGAGUUCAGGGUCCAAUGUAUGUCGGCACCGGCUGUGUGUUUCGACGGCAAGCGUUGUAUGGAUUAUGUCCACCGAUACCGAGUGGCAACCUGGACUACAAGCCCCCGUCUCGUGGAUGCUGUGCUGCGCUCUGUUGCUGUUGCUGUGGUCGGCGCAGUAGCAAGGAAGCGCUGGAGAACAGCCGGCUUCUCACGGCUGUCAUUCCAGGUCAGCAAGAUGACGAGGAAAUGCAGUUGGUCCCUACACAAUGGCACACAAAGCGUUUUGGAAUGUGCCGGAACUUUGUUGCGACCGUCGGCGAUGCAGAGGGUAGCGUUCCUGACGUUGGAGCUUAUCAGGUUCUGAGCGAUGUGAUCUUGGUCAUUUCCUGUGGCUACGAGGAGAACACAGAGUGGGGAAAAACGGUCGGCUGGAUGUAUGGAUCGGUUACAGAAGACAUCGUCACUGGACUGAUGAUGCAUGUAAACGGCUGGCAUUCUGUCUACUGCAUGCCGAAGAGGCCUGCGUUCAAGGGGUCCGCCCCAAUUAAUCUCACGGAUCGUCUUGGACAGGUCCUUCGGUGGGCCACAGGUUCGGUAGAAAUCUUCUUCUCRAGGCACAACCCGCUCUUCCACAACUACUUCAARAGUCUCAGGGUUAUGCAGAGACUCGCCUACAUCAACACCGUSGUGUACCCUUUCACSUCCCUUGCRUUGCUACUUUAUUGCUUCUUGCCYGCGUUCUGCCUCUUCACCAACCAGUUCAUCAUCAAUGAAAUCACAGAGAUUGCGGUUCUAUACUUCUUAUUGCUCUUCAUCUCCAUCUUCAUGGUUUCCAUCCUCGAAAUCCGGUGGAGCGGUGUCUCCCUAGAGGAGUGGUGGCGAAACGAGCAGUUCUGGGUCAUUGGAGGAACAAGCGCCCAUCUUGCUGCUGUGACGCAGGGUCUGCUAAAGGUGGUGUUCAGAGUGGAUAUCUCCUUCACCCUUACGCAGAAGGGAAGUGAUGACGAUGAUGAUCCGUACGCAGAGCUUUAUGCCUUCCGCUGGACGUGGCUUAUGGUUCCUCCGACCACCGUUAUGAUUACUAACAUCAUUGCAUGCUUUGCGGGAGUCUCGCGUGAAAUGUACAAGGGAAAAAGCGAGCAGAACUGGGGUCGGCUUGUUGGAAUGGUCUUCUUCUCCUUCUGGGUGCUCACGCAUUUAUACCCGUUUGCAAAGGGUUUGAUGGGGAAGACCAACAAGACGCCAACGAUUGUCAUCGUUUGGUCAAUCUUGUUGGCCAUUUCUUUGUCACUGCUUUGGGUGCAUGUCCUCUCCCCUCACUUCUAGUCAGUUGGUUUUCUUCCUCUGUGUUCCUUUGGCGGUUUGUCAGAAACAUAACCUAUAAGCCAGCUGCUCCUCUCCUGCCUGUGCUCACAAGGGUACUGCUGUGCUGCUCGCAUCCCAUUGUUUUAUAUGGACUUGACGAAGUACCCGGUCUGAGUAGACGAGUGAAAGCACCUGCCUGGACUCCGAGUCGUGAGGGUACCAUUAUUCUCUUUGCGUCCCCUUGUUUCAUAUGGAUUCGACCAAGUACGUGGGAUGAGAAGAUGAUCGAAAGCGCAGAGGUAGUGAGCCUGGUUUUGUGAAUAGUUGACAGUGUGUGAUGAGCUUCACCGCCCUGUUUUGAGGGUGCUACUGUUUGCCAGUUCGCUGCUCAACCACUGAGCACCCUAUGUGCGUUCUUCUGCGAAGCAGGACUGGUGGUGUGAUUGGUGAUGUAGCAGUCCGAAGAGUUUAUUCUGCUGCUAAUUGUUCAUGUGCUCUUGAUGUAACUGCUGCCAAUGGUGAUAAUUAUCAUGAAGAUGCUGUCCAGCGUAUUCGAUGCCAUCGCAGGUUGUGCGUCGCCGGAACCGUCUUUGCGGCUUUACGUGAUCUUUGUAGACUCGGUGGUAACCGUCGUGUUAGUCUCCUUGUUUUGGACGACAUGUGCGCACUUCAGUCCGCAGUGGAGGGGGGCCUGAGAUUGCUGCAGUUGUGCAGAGGGGACGGCAGUUCAAAAAAAAAGUUGAUCUCUUCCAUGGCCAUUGCAACGUGUUACGGCAUGUGGGCUUAGCGCAGGCUCAUGCAGAUGAGUUCUUCUGAUCUCCUCGACUUGUAACGUAUGAGCUCUGCUGCAUCAAAUGGACAAUUUCAUCGUAUUCGCUCCACAAAGGCGACUGACGCAAUUCCACACUCGUUUAAGUGGUUGUUCUCCUCAAGAGGUGUCCUGAUUCUCCAUCUACGCUCUAUCUGUAGCUUGUUGCUGGGUGAUUCUUUAUUGGUUUUUAAGUUUAAAUUUGCUGUUUGGUCUGUUUCCGUUUAACCACUGAGAGAGAGAGAGAGAGAGAGAGAGAGAGAGAGAGAGAGAGAGAGAGAGAGAGAGAGAGAGAGAGAAAUGUACAGAUGCGUUUUUUGUAUGCGGGAUAUCCAGAGUCAGAGUGAUAGACAGGCUUCAGUCUUGAAAGCUAUCUGGGGCAUCGUGGGUUGUUUUCACUCGGGAGGCGUCAAAGAAGGGGGCCUUGGGCAGUGUGUAUCAUCUGUAUGGAAGUCCAUGGUCUCCGACCAGAGUGUAUUCUUGUGAAAGUAAGUAUCACGACCAGCGAGCGGUAAGGGACUCGUUCAGGAAAGAGUUGAUGUGCAUAGCCGGCGUGAAACUUUUCUGAAGACGGAAGACGACCUCUGACUCUUCGAGAGGUUUCUGUCUUUCUAGCAGUGCGCUGGUGAGGGGAGUGGUUCUUGAGGCAAUCACGAGCAAGGGCUUCACCACACCACUCUCGAAUUGUGGGCAAAAUGAGAAUGAAUUUCCUGCUAGACC